AUGCUCUACAUAACUGAAUCCCAAGCCAAAUCCGCCAUAACCCUCAAAUCCUCCCUCUCCCUCUUCCGCCACGCCUACCUCCAAUGCAACUCAAACACCCUCUCUCCCGGUCCACGAAUGGUCCAUUCUCUCGAUGCUCUCGGUAACAAAGGCCAGUGGCUAACCGCAACCUAUCCAGCCGAGGGAACGUUCGGAACGAAGUUCUCCUCAAUUUUCCCUCAAAAUGUAAAGAAAGGCCUACCAGUCACGAUAUCAACGAUAAGUCUGUACUCCGGAGAGACGGGCGAGCUCCUGGCUACGGUAGAGGCGAAUGCCCUAACGGCGAUGAAGACAGCGGGAAGCGCGGCUAUUGCUACGGACCUUUUGAGUAGGAAGGACAGUACGAUUCUGGCGAUUAUAGGGAGCGGAUUGCAGGCGUUUGACCAGGUGCUUGCGAUUCGGGAAGUGCGCGACAUAAAGACAGUCAUAGUGUACAACCGUUCCGCCGAGGGCGCCAAAACCUUUGCGAACCGCCUCACAGCCGUUGAAGGCUUCGAUGUAGACGUGAAGCUCGCGGAGUCUGCGGAUGCUGCCGUGGCCGAGGCGGAUAUCGUGUGUACGUGUACCACAUCGUCGAGACCUGUGUUCAAAGGUACAAGUCUUAGGCCUGGCACACACAUCAACGCCAUCGGAUCCUACGCGCCGGACAUGCAGGAGAUUGACGAGGAUACUGUGGUUCGAGCGGCGCGUAUCGUAACCGAGCAUGUGGAUGGUCUUUGGGCAGCUGCUGGGGACAUACUCGAACCGUUCAACAGGGGAGUGAUAGAUAAGAGCAAAGUGGAAGGCUCGGUGGGCGAUGUACUCGCUGGAACGGUCGCCGGGCGUGAAACCGCAGAUGAGAUCACUCUGUACGAGAGUGUUGGGUCCGCUGCUUUAGAUCUGGCUAUCGCUGUGGAAGUGUUUCGGCUGGUCUCUAUGUCAGGGAAGAAUGGGGCGAAGAUAUAG